AUGGUUGCAAAAGAUAGUGAAUCUUGUCCAAAUCAAAAUUUUAUGGGUGUAGUACAGGGCAUUAGUUUUGGAUUGACUGAAAAAAGAUUAGAAGUUUUUGGUAACGGAAUUGAUAAGGAUCACAAAAUGUUAUUUGGCGCCUUUACUAUGAUG